CUGUCUCAUUGGCGAAUUCCAAUUCCGAUCCAACUGUUUUUACUUCCUCUCUCGUGCCUCGAGACGGAAACUAUAUAAACACCGCCCCAUAAGUUUAAUCGUCACCUCAUCCACUCUCCACCCCGCACGUACUCAUCACGGACCAAUCAGGAACCUUUCCAAUUGGGGUCCCACAGUGGAUCGUCCCCACGCCCUCUCUAGCGCGUGGGAAUGUCCAAAUCCAACGCGCUUUCGAGAAGAAUUGUUGCCCUAGUCGCCUCCGCUUCUUCACUUUCUCUCUCUAUAAUCAUCGACAACCACCAUGAAUAUGAACACCAACGACCGCCUCCGCCUCCGAUCGCCUACUUCUGUAGCUUUUCGUAAUCUUCCAAUCGGUUGAUUAUAAACCGACCGAUCUAUCCCUCUCUCCUCUCUGUUUCCUCCGAUUCGCGAUUGUAUCUGCUGGCCAAUAAUGGAACCGAUGGACAUAGUUGGGCGAACAAAAGAAGACGCUUCUCUUCCUAAAGCCACUAUGACAAAAAUUAUUAAAGAGAUGCUGCCUCCAGAUGUUCGUGUCGCAAGAGAUGCACAGGAUCUUUUGAUUGAAUGCUGUGUAGAGUUCAUUAAUCUUAUUUCAUCAGAGUCGAAUGAAGUUUGCGGCAAAGAAGAGAAAAGAACGAUUGCCCCUGAACAUGUUUUGAAGGCUUUAGAGGUUCUUGGUUUUGGGGAUUACAUCGAAGAAGUUCAUGCUGCUUAUGAACAACACAGAAAUGAGACUAUGGAUACUGUAAGAGCUGGGAAGUGGAGCAAUGGAGCUGAAAUGACUGAAGAAGAAGCAUUGGCUGAGCAACAGAGGAUGUUUGCCGAGGCACGUGCUAGAAUGAAUGGUGGUGCCAUUGUUCCUCCUACAGUCCCCAAGCAACCGGACUCAGAACCUGAGCCCAGUUUGAAUAGCUAACUUGUAGGACCUCCAUUAUAACGAACCUGUAGGCAAGCAUCUGGACUGGUUAAUUAGUGCUUCUCUUUCCUAUCUGAUGUACAAAAAGCUUUUGGUAGUGGACAUUUUAUACUGUUCCGAGUUAGAAUUGUACCGUACGGAUUAUGUUUAUAUACUGUGUAAUUACUAAUUAGUCAGUUAAAAUUUGCCGUCC